GCUUCUAAUAAAUGUCACCAACUUCAUUUUUAUCUUUCCAUCUUUAAUAAAAUAUUCUUUUUUGUUUUUUUGUUUCUUUUUUUUUACUCCUCAAUAAUAACAUCAUAUACCGUAUUCUAACAGAUGAACGAAUCACGUGUUUAAAUACGGCGUAUAUGCACGCUCGGUUCCCAGCGGACUCAUCGCUAUGACCAUUCCGUCGAGUCACAGUCACGAUUUGAUUCGCUUGACAUAUCGAAAUUUCAUCAUCGGUCUUUAGAUGGCAAUGCUUUGCAACGACAACAUGUCUUCUCAUUUUGGGAAUAAAUACCAGCUCAAUCCCGGCGACCAAGUUUGAUAUUCGUGAAUCCUCAUCAGUUCAAUUCCUCACCCAACCGCCUACAUUCACGGAUACGUAGCAGCAGCAAUUAGAAAGCCCCUGAAAAGCCCCACGCUGAGAUAUCAUCCUAGCCAUCGCGGGAUUUCUUAAACAUCUCCACCUGCGGUGUGCCAUUGACGAUGGAGGCAAAGCCUCAAGCUAUCGAGGUGCCAAGUAAACUUCAGUUCUCCCGUUCCACGAGAAUUCUGCUUUGGGGCAUCCUACCGGCCAUAUUUAUCGCCCUCGGCAUCGCAUCGCCUCUGACGGCGCUGCUGUCUUUGUUCGUCCUAACCCCGACGUUCUUUCUGCUACGGUAUGACCGCGCGCGUCCCGUAAACCAGAGGACGGACAUCGAGACCUUUGUUUGGACGUAUGUGCUUGUUGGUACCAUUGGCGUUUUCGCCGUCAUUGUUGUCCAGUCCCUCUUGUUCUACCUAUUCAGUUAUGCGCUGUUCCCGUCCUCGGCGCCUACCCUUCUUGCCGAGUUCGCAAGGGGUGAGGGUGAAGUCGCUAGUCUAGAUGCCGAGACGUUAGCUGCGAGGAGACAGAUGGCCGGUAGUUGGCAGUAUUGGGUUUUCAUGUUCUUGCUUGCGUAUUUCGGUGCUAGUAUUCCGGAAGAGCUUCUCAAGUAUUCUGGAUUAGCAUAUGCUCGACGCCGCGGGCGUAUUACGCACGAGCAUAAUUAUAUUACGUUGGCAGCCGCAGCUGCUCUAGGCUUCAGCACUUUCGAGAACAUCGGGUUCAUCUAUGCUGCCGUGCAGGAGAAUAAGGGGGCUGCGCAUCUUGCGGUAGCCACUGUUGAGCGCGUACUUAUCGGUUCACCCAUGCACCUGAUGGGUGGCCUUCUCAUCGGCCUGAGCACCGCCGACCGGGACUUCCGCGGGGAGACCUCGAGUCUGGCGCAGAUUAUAGGUCUUCCCGCCCUCAUCCACGGGGCUUGGGAUUUCUCGCUAUUUGGCACCAGUGCCUUAAACGGGAAUGUUGGAUGGAUUCACCCAUACGGAAAGUCGUUGCUGGUUGUUCUCGCCAUUGCUAUUAUCAUCGAAGGUACACUGCUUCUCGUCGUCCGGAGGCGAUUUGCUCCCUGGAAUUCUCACGAGGGUAAAACGAAGUAGAUGACCCACGAAGAGAAUGUAAAUGUACGAAAGAGAAUGUAUUUUACCAGAUAGACUUAGCUCAUUACUUGCAUAUAUGAUAGAUACCCUACUCCUUAUAUCUCACGGCCUAGGAGAUCUUUGCUAACAUAUUGUUAAAGAGAGCGCAUGGUACUUUUUUUCGUAACUACUGGCAUCUAUAACUAAGGCCUUAGCUAAGAAACUUCAAAUCGAGGCAGAGUUCAGAGCGAGCUCCUUAAUAAAUAUAUCAGCCGCCCUUUCUCCAACAGCCAAUGCAGUGUCAUUAGUAUUCGCUGCCACAUUACGGGCCGCAAUACUAAGAUCCGCAAUCUUGAGGCCCUGGACCCCAUAGACG